AUGUCUAAGAAUAAGACUCACCUUAAACUGCAGACAGCUGGACCUAAAGGGGCCUACAGUUCACAGAAGAAGAAGGAAGGCGAGGGAAGGAGCUGUAUACGGUACAGAUGUGGCCUGACCAACACUAUACAGGAUGUCCUAAACCAGAGACCAGGCUGGGUAGAGGUGAAAGAUGAUAGCGAUUGGGACUUUAACUGGUGUGAUGUUGGGUGGCUAAGAGAGAACUUUGAUCACUCGUACAUGGAGGAACAUGUGCGGAUAUGUCACUUCCGCAACCACUACGAGCUGACCCGUAAGAACCUGAUGGUAAAAAACCUGAAGAGAUAUAGAAAAACUUUAGAGCGGGAGGCUGGGCGUUUAGAGGCGUCCAAAUGCGACUUUUUCCCCUGUACGUUUGUGCUGCCCAGUGAGUAUCACAUCUUUGUAGAAGAGUUUAAGAGAAGCCCCGGGAGCACCUGGAUCAUGAAGCCUGUGGCACGAUCACAGGGGAAAGGAAUUUUUCUGUUUCGAAAACUCAAAGAUAUCAUAGAUUGGAAGAAGGAUGGGUCCCGCUCUGAAGAACAGAAAGAUGAGGCUCAAGUUGAGAGCUAUGUCGCUCAGCGCUACAUUGAGAAUCCCUACCUCAUAGCUGGGAGAAAAUUUGACUUGAGAGUCUAUGUUCUUGUCACAUCAUAUAUUCCAUUGAAGGCCUGGCUGUAUCGUGAUGGUUUUGCUCGAUUUUCCAACACCAGGUUCUCUCUUAGCAGCAUAGACGAUCAGUACGUUCAUCUCACUAAUGUUGCAGUGCAAAAAACAUCUCCUGAUUAUGAUCCUGAGAAGGGUUGUAAGUGGCAGAUGCAGCAGCUACGGCAGUACCUGACCGCUAAGCAUGGUUUCGAGACAGUGCAGACUCUAUUUAAAGAAAUUGACAACAUAUUUAUUCGCAGCCUGCUUAGUGUUCAGAAGACCAUCAUCAAUGACAAACACUGUUUUGAGUUGUAUGGAUAUGACAUACUACUGGACCAGGAUUUAAAGCCGUGGCUAAUUGAAGUGAACGCUUCACCCUCCCUCACAGCCAGCAGUCAGGAGGACUAUGAGCUAAAAUACAGACUGCUGGAGGACACCUUGCACAUUGUAGACAUGGAAGGCCGUCUGACAGGCAAGGAGAAGAGGGUUGGCGGAUUUGACCUAAUGUGGAACGAUGGACCUGUCUACACGGAUGUCGGACUAGAGACUCUGGGUAGUUCUUGCCUCGUGGCAAAUACACAUCUCGGCUGCGUGAAUGAUCGCCAGAAACAGCUUCAACAGCUUUUAAAGCCUUUCCCAGGACAGAAGAGGACAUGACAACAUGCAAAUGACAUCAAAUUAGUGUGACAAACUAUUCAUGACAAUCACACAAAUACCCACAAUUGUUAUAAUAUGCACCUAAGGAUUCAGACGAUUGUAAAUAGGAGCAUUUAAAUACCCAGAAGGCAUGGCAAAGUCACUGAAAAUUUUCAUUCACAACCUGAAAAUGACACUGUCUGUGCUUGUUCUGGUUUAAUGAGAAUAAAAUGACGGUAUCAAUUUCCACAUUAAAAUAAAUACUGUAGACAGAGGCUUUGAUGAUGUAAUGAAAACUCUUUAUUUUGUAUCUCAUAAAAAUAGCUGCAUUCAACUCUACCAAAAACUCCCAGCAAAAUAAAAGCACAAUCUGACAAUGAUAGGACAAAAGUAGAUUGUUGUGUGUUUUUGCCUGAUAAGGGAACUUGACACAGUACAUAACAUACAAGAUGAAAUGGUGCUACAUACAGUACAUCAAGUAUGGAAAUGUGGUACCAUGUACUGUAUGGCCUCAACCUGUACCAACUUUCAAGUCAUAUUCAAGUGCCUUGACAAUGCAUUACAGUACAUAUAAAACCACUACCAUCAUUGUUCCUGUAAAAAUAAACAAAACAUGCUAUAUUUAGAGACAUGAAGUACAAUGUAAUCACCUGAAAGGUUCUCAAUAAGUAAACAAACAUAGAUAACCUUGACCAUAAUAUCUUAACAGAUUACAGCUCAGGUCCUUCUCCAGCAACACACCACAAAACCACCAUAAGCAAUCCUAACAAUUCACAAUUCAACUACAUCUAACUCACUGAAAACCUAAGUAAUGAGUUCCAAAACAUUCAAAGAUAAAACAUUCUUAUUUAACUUAAUACAUGUCAACUCAUUGGUUUAAUAAAUAACAAGAAAAGAAGUCCUUGUAAAUAGCACUUUACAAAAAUAUAGUCAUUACAAAACAUUCAUUAUUCAUCUCAAAAAAUAUACAUUCUUUGACCAAUAGUGCUUACUAGACAAAGCCAGACGCUGCCAUUCUCAGCCAUACCUCCCUCAAAUAAGAGAUAUGUGCACACUUGAUUUAAGUACAUUUAUUUCAUUUCAUAGAGGAUUUGUGCGUACAGUAUGUAAAGAUAACCUGCUUUUGUGUACUUAGGCAGAUAAAAUAAAUAUAUCUUAUUCAAGAAAUGCACUUUAAAGUUCUAAUGAAACAAUGACGAUGAAAAGGCAUGAUUUCUAAAGAGAAGGAUAAGUUUUUUUUGACAGUGUGGUCACAUUUGCAGUUGUCCGGCAAAUUUUCAUAGGCAAAAUCCAAGCAUUUUAAUCAGAAUCCAUGCGAUCCU